AUGAGCAAGAUCCCAUAUGCAUCUGCAAUAGGGAGUCUCAUGUAUGCGAUGCUAUGCACAAGACCUGAUAUCAGUUAUGGCGUAAGCAUAACUAGUCGAUAUCAGUCCAAUCCAGGUUUAGAACACUGGAAUGCUGUUAAGAAUAUCCUUAAGUACUUGAGAAGGACUAAAGAUUUAUUCCUCGUUUAUGGAGGUGGUGAUUUGCAAUCAGAGUUGCAAGUGGAAGCAUACACAGACUCAGAUUUUCAAUCUGAUGUGAAUGACAGAAAAUCCACAUCAGGGUUUGUCUUCACCUUGAAUGGAGGUGCAGUAAAUUGGAGAAGCUGCAAACAAAGCGUUACUGCAGAUUCCACUACUGAGGCAGAAUACAUUGCAGCAUCAGAGGCUGCAAAGGAAUUGGCUGUAGGAGGUUUGUGUGGUGGCUUCUGUGGCGGCUUAUGGGGUGGCUUGUGUCCGUCAUCCAUAACAUCAAGUGGUGAGGACGUCGGUGGCUUCUUUUUGGGUGGUGGCUUCUGUGGUGGCUUGUGGGAGUCAGCCUCGUCAUCAAAUGGUGAGGACGUCGGUGGCUUCUUUUUCGGUGGUGGCUUGUGGGGUGGCUUGUGUGAGUCAGCCUCAUCAUCGAAUGGUGAGGACGUCGGUGGCUUCUUUUUCGGUGGUGGCUUGUGGGGUGGCUUGUGUGAGUCAGCCUCAUCAUCGAAUGGUGAGGAAGUCGGUGGCUUCUUUCCCGGCGGCGGCAGCGGCUUUACUGGUCCCUUAGGAGGCUUGACGGCCAAAAUGGGCCGUGGUUGA